UUGCCACACAGUGGCAAGGGGCGCGCGCGCGUGCGUGCGUGCGUGCGUGCGUGCGUGCGUGCGUUCGUACGUGCGUGCGUGCGUGCGCGUGCGUGCGCGUGUGUGUGCGCGUGUGUGCGCGUGUGUGCGCGCGUGUGCGCGCGUGUGUGUGCGUGUGUGUGUGCGUGUGUGUGUGCGUGUGUGUGUGCGUGUGUAUGUCUAUGGGCCACAGAAACCUGUUACUGUGUGCUCGUUUGUCACCUUAUCCUAUAA